AGGUAGCAGCACUAAGUACCGUAACAAGGUGGUGUAGUCGUAUAACGAUGCGUAGAUUGGUUUUUUACUUCACAACGCAUUUCCACCACUUUGGUGUUCGCCUUUCAAAUACUCUCCGAGUAGUGGGGUGCAAGAAGUUCUUUUUUGUUCGAGGUGCCCCUCAAGCGCCGGCUGUUGGAAAUACAAAACUAAACACACGCUCGGUCAGAGUCAACAAGUGUACACGUGUAGUGAUGUAAGAUAUUAUAAAACGAUACAUAUUUCUGUGCUGCAAUAUUUAUGUAGUCACUAUCCGACUGUUCUAUGUAGGCAGAAGAAAAACUUUCGUUUUUAUCGAUGUGUUGAUGUUGAUGUCUCUCGUUACUGUCACGUGCCGGUAAUUUGGCGGCAUACAGCGCCACAGGCAUAACGGUCCCCCUUUAAGCUCUUUGUAUAUAAGUAAAGUUAACGUUCGUACAAUCGAAUCGCAUUUCGAAGAAAAAAAUCGGAAGCAAUUUAAACGGACUGUCGUUGAACAACUGUCAAAUCCGUCAAAGCUCGAGUUAAUUUAAUAAAUUCAAGAUGGAUAAUAAUUUCGAUGGAUGGUGUGUUCUGGCAUCUGACAGUGAUGAGGAUAUCAUUGAGGGAAGAUCGUUUGUCAUUUCUGACAGCGACGAGGACAUCAUUGAAGAUGUUGACAAAGAAGUUUUUGUAAUCGAAAGCAGCGGCAGCAGCAAAAACUGUUCCAGGAGUUUAACUCCAGAGAGACGUGCUGCAGCAACAAGAAAAUCUCUGUUGACGGAAGAUGCCAUUAGGCAGAGUAUUAAAAAGCAUAUCCUGUCAUAUCCUACUAACGAGGAGGAGGAUAGCUAUGUAUAUAGUCGUCUUGAUUCAACUAGUUGGAGUGAAGAAGAUGACGAAGUUGUACAGAAUAAUGCGAUUAAUAAAAAGACAAAGACUGAAGAAAGAUUUCAAGACAGUGAAAGAAUGAGCGUAGAUUCAAAUUCUGGGGAUAGCGAAAACGAAUCACACGAUAUUAGCAUGGCAAAGGAACGCAACAGCGAUUCCAGUAUUCAUUCACUCUACAUGAAUACAGAGGAUGAACCUAUAUCUUUAAAUAGCUCUUCAUCGGGUGAGAAUGAAAUGGAAUAUGAAGUUGCGAUAUCUCUAGCAAAACAAGAGAUUGGGGUUGGUAAUAUUGAUCCACUGGUCGCACAAAAGAGAGCCUUGUUAGUUUGUAAAAUGGAACAUUUACAGAAACAAUUGAGCAGGUCAAAAUUGUUGUUAGAAGCUGGAGACAUCGAUCUGUUACCGGACGGAGGUAGGGAAUUGCGCGAAAAUAUCACGAAACAGGAAGAAGAAAUCAAGAAGAUCACACUAGAAUUAGAAAAUACUCCGCUCACGCAGAAUAUUAAAGAAGAUGCGCAUGCUUUCGAGGAGGAAGUACAGUUUGUCAAUGAAGAAUUUUCUGAUAUUAUCGAUGUGGAUAAUAUACCGAUUAAAUUUAAAUCAUCCUCACAUGACAAGGAACUGAAUAAAAAGGCUCAAGCGGCUCUGGACAAAGAAUUAGCGUUGACGACCGACAGAUUGCAAGAUUUACACGGAUCUCUGAUAGCCAGGCCGUCCGAGGACGAAAGAGCCGAAGAUCCAGAGGGUUUGAACGUCAAGUUGAUGCCGCACCAGCAACACGCAUUAUUGUGGUUGCAGUGGAGGGAAAGACAGAAGCCUGCCGGAGGUGUCCUCGCCGAUGACAUGGGCUUGGGAAAGACUCUGACGAUGAUAUCAUUGAUACUUUCUGGUAUCACGAAUAAGGGACUGAAAGAUUCGAACAACUGCAGCGACGACGAAUGGGCAGAUUCCAAGACACCAUUGCAUCAUAAGGGAGGCACGCUGGUGGUCUGCCCAGCAUCGUUGUUGUCGCAAUGGGAGAAAGAGAUCAGAUGCAGAUGCAAGCGAGGUAUGCUCGCGGUUGAGGUUUAUCAUGGUAGCAACAGAGAGAACGUUCCUAAAAGAUUGGCAAGGAACGACGUGGUGAUCACGACAUAUAAUAUUCUGUCCCGCGAAUUCAAGACCAAAGCCACAACUUAUAAGAUCUAUUGGGAGCGCGUAAUACUCGAUGAGGCGCAUGUGAUUCGGAACCAUAAGAGCAAUGCGGCAGAGGCGGUGCACGGCUUGGUGUCCAAGAAACGAUGGGCUCUCACCGGCACUCCUAUUCAGAACAAGGAGCUAGACCUGUACUCUAUAUUGAAGUUUAUAAAAUGUUCCCCUUUCGACGAUAUACGGGUCUGGAAGCGAUGGGUAGAUAAUAAAAACACGGCCGGUCGUCGAAGGCUGGCCACCCUGAUGGAGACCCUGAUGCUUCGUAGAACGAAACAAGGGCUACAGGCGAAAGGCAGUCUAGCCAGCUUGCCCGACAAAUGUGUAGAAGAGGUGUUGGUGAAGUUAGAUCCGCAGGAGCAGUUGGUGUAUGAAAAGGUUCUGAUUUAUUCUCGCACUCUGUUCGCUCAAUUUUUGGCCCAGAGAGCUGACAAGAAUCAUAUGCAUGAUUUAGCCUCGGGAAGAUAUAAUAAACCAUCGUUUCUUUCAAAUCCUAACAAGAAAACUCAAUUCACAAAAGCGCAAAAUAGAUUACUGUCGAUGCAUGCCGAUAUCAAAACGCACGAAAUCUUAGUUUUGUUGCUACGUCUGCGUCAAAUCUGCGUCCAUCCGAGCCUUAUUCACUCUAUGCUGGAUCAAGAGGACAUGCAGGAUACUGGGCUAACGGAUGCCGACUACAUAGACCCUAACUUGUUCAAAAUUGACGAUGUCGCGUUAAACGACGAAGAUGACGCGAAUACGAGUGGACAAGAGAUAGGUGUUGACCGUAGGGUAGCAGCCAAUGUGCUUACAUCUGAAAACCCAGUGUUUCAGAUCGAACGCGUCAGUUCUAAGAUGCAAGCGGUACUGAAAACAGUGAAAGAGAUUUUGAAGAAAGGCGACAAGUUGAUAAUUAUAUCUCAGUGGACCAGCAUGUUGAACAUAGUGGCAGCUUAUUUGCCCUCAUUGAAAGGUGCUACGUUCGAGCAGUUCACGGGCGAUGUUCCGAUAAAAAAUAGACAGGGUAUAAUGGACGCCUUUAACAACGCGGGUACCGACCCGAAGAUAUUGUUGUUGUCUCUCACCGCUGGAGGUGUUGGAUUGAAUUUGGUCGGUGGAAAUCAUAUAUUGCUAAUAGACAUCCAUUGGAACCCGCAAUUGGAGGUGCAGGCUCAGGACAGAAUCUAUCGUUUCGGGCAGAAAAAGGAUGUUUACAUAUAUAAGUUCAUCUGCAAGGACACGAUCGAGGAGCGCAUCAAGCAUCUGCAAGAGAAGAAGCUAGAGAUAGCGGCAAACGUUCUCAGCGGUGACAAAAAUUCCACUGUCUCGAAGCUGACUCUCAACGAUCUCAAAUCUCUAUUCGAUUUAUAACGGGGAGUCUUUCUUGUCUAAAAUCAUCUUUUAAUAAAUAUUUUUAUGUAAUAUAAACUUUUCUAUGGCUGGUUGAAGUUGUCGAAAGUGUUAUAUUAGAAAUUUUAAAUACGAAGAAAGAGAUCUUACGUGAGUCUGGGAAUGUCUGUGGUGUACCAUGUUCCUUUGUUGGCAACGUUCUCGGUUGGCUAUUGACAUUUCUGUUGCCUCAUGUUACUGUACCGGACACCGUAACAGAAAUAUAUUCCGAGUCCUAUGAGAAGAAGCACCUAUGUACGUAUUGCUCUUAGAGCGAGAGCUAUACAAAAAAACUGAGAGUGGACAUAUUGAAAUAGAACUCAAGUGAACUGUGAUCAUAAAUUUAGUCCGAGUGUAAUUUUAGAUAUAAUUUAGAAAGAUCGGUAAUAAAACAGUGAAUUGUUAAAUAAUCUCUCACUGAUAUUCUGAUAUUAAUUUCAUUACAUCGUGUAUUACAAUCAUGUUACAAAAUUUUAUGUCUUACAAUUUAUCAACAAUAACAUGAGAAUGACCAAAGUACUAACGUCUUUUUUGCAAAAAUGACAUAAAUAUUGUAUGAAGGAAAUGUAUGCCGGAAAGGAGGGACAAGUGUGCAGCAAUUACAGUGUUCUAUAGUAAACGCAAAUACAAAUGUAACUCUUUUUGUAUAAGUAAUACAUUUAAUAUAUUAAUGUGUAAUAAUUUAUGCGUCUGUGAUUUUGUUGUAGACAAGAUUUAUAAAGAUUUGUUCUCAGCAUUACUGUUACCGAAAUAAUAAAAAAAAAACGAACAUACGUA